AUGGAUUCUGACACAAUCAUAGGCCAGAAUGAGGGAGAACAAGUACCUGUCAUUGAUCUUUCUCUUCUUAGAGAAAGUACGUAUGUUGAAGUGAGAAAGGCUUGUGAAGAAUGGGGGUGUUUUGUGGUGGCGAAUCAUGGAGUUAAGGAGGAGAUCAUUGAUGGGAUGGAUUCAGCUACUCGAGAUGCAUUUGCACUCCCCAAGGAGACCAGACAGAAAAAUGCUUUUCCAAGAAGGGACUUUGGCUACAUCUCUGAUUUGCCUGCACUGCCCUUUUACGAGAGCCUUGGUGUUCCUGGAGCUCCAGAUCGUGAUGCCAUUCAGAAGUUUUCAGAUCAACUGUGGCCUCAAGGAAAUUCGCAUAUCUGCAAAAUCAUCCAGGAAUACACUUCUGACGUUGAAGAGUUGAUGAUCGAGAUCAUCAAAAUAAUUUUCAGAAGCUUUACAAUUAGCAAGUAUUAUGAAUCUCAGUUUUAUGCUCUUCUUCGCCUGAAUUACUAUGAUAUACCACCAAAUAAAACAGGAGGAGUCUCACCCCAUGCUGAUCAUGAUUUUAUAACCAUACUCUACCAGGAUAAGAAUGGUGGUCUUGAGGUUCAGAACAAGUAUGGAAGGUGGGCAAAAGUGAAAUUUAUGCCAAAUUCUUUCAUUGUUCUGAUGGGUGACUGCAUGAAGGCAUGGAGUAAUGGGAGGAUAUGGAACUGCAUACACAGAGUUAUAAUGAAAGAAUGUGAGACUCCUCGCGUGUCGCUGCCAUAUUUUUACUACUUUUCUGAUGAGGUAGUUAUAAAUGCACCUCCAGAAUUAAUUGAUGAAAAUCAUCCUCGUCUCUACAAACCAUUCAAGUAUCCAGAGUUCAGAGCUUUCUAUGGAGAGAUGUCCUACAAGAAAAUUCAGGAGUUUGAGACUUUGCGAAAUGACACAGAGCUACCUUUCAUUGACAUGUUUGCUCUUAUUACGAUAGAGUAG